ACCCUCUGUUUGAUGUUUAGUAGAGAAUGGAUUUAAGCAGCAAUCUUCCGGCCACGAACGCCGGCGGCUCCGCCGCCGUUAAGAGUGUGGAGGUUCAGGAGAAAGAAACGCCGCCGGCUGCUGGUCGGAUCCCGGGGGUAGUAAAGCCGCUGUCUUUUAGCAGCAACGGCGUACUGAAGCGUCACAAUUCGCUGCACCGCCACCAUGCGGUGGUGGUUGUUUACAAGGAGUGUCUCAAGAACCACGCGGCCACUCUCGGCGGCCACGCCGUGGACGGUUGUGGGGAGUUCAUGCCUUCCCCGACUUCAACUCCCGCCGACCCCACCUCCCUGAAAUGCGCCGCCUGCGGGUGUCACCGGAAUUUCCACCGCCGUGAGCCGGAAGAGCCCCUGCAGAUGCAGAGCGCCGUCCCAGCUCUGGAUUACCAGCCCCACCACCGCCACCACCCUCCUCCGCCGCCUCCUAUGGACAACGACAGCCCGAAUUCCCCAUCUCCGCCGCCGAUCUCCUCAUCGUACUACCCGUCGGCCCCGCAGAUGCUCCUCGCUCUCAGCACCGGCCUCUCCGCCGGGCACCCGACGGAGAACAACACCCCAAUCUCCGGCGCNUUUCCACCGCCGUGAGCCGGAAGAGCCCCUGCAGAUGCAGAGCGCCGUCCCAGCUCUGGAUUACCAGCCCCACCACCGCCACCACCCUCCUCCGCCGCCUCCUAUGGACAACGACAGCCCGAAUUCCCCAUCUCCGCCGCCGAUCUCCUCAUCGUACUACCCGUCGGCCCCGCAGAUGCUCCUCGCUCUCAGCACCGGCCUCUCCGCCGGGCACCCGACGGAGAACAACACCCCAAUCUCCGGCGCCCCCGCCCCCUCAAACCUCCCAUCCGCUUUCCCCACAGCUUAUCCGAAAUCCAGAAAGCGGUUCAGAACGAAAUUUACCCAAGAUCAGAAAGAUAGAAUGCUGGAAUUCGCCGCCGGAGUCGGGUGGAGGUUCCAGAAGCGAGACGAAGACGCGAUCAACAAUUUCUGCCGCGAAAUUGGAGUAGAGAGAGGCGUUCUGAAAGUCUGGAUGCACAACAACAAGAACACCGUCGGGAAGAGAGACGGCGGCUCCGCCGCCGCCGCAGCGAACGACAACGGCUUCGACAUCCGCGGCAUGAAUUGUCACAAUCUGGACUCGGGCCCACACUCCUCCCGAUUCAAUCUUCGUCAAGAAAGCAACAGUGACAGCCAGGACAAUUACGGCCUCCACAACAGCGACGGCCACGGCGCCAAUGGGUCGUCAUCCUCGUCUUGACGGCCGCCGGCGAAAUCCAGAGAACAAUAAAAAAAGGGUCCUUUU